CCUCGGUAAAUUGGUCCGGAGACCGUUAGGUGCUAUAAAUACCAGCCCGGGAGUAAUUUGGACAAUUAUUACGAGAAUAAUCUUUCUAUUCCAGUUAAAAUAAUCUGUUUAUACCUUAUUCUCGGUAAUUUUUACGCCUUUCGAGUGACGUUUUUUUGUAAACAGCUGAUUAGGUCUUCUCCGAUCGAGGUACCAAACCCUGAACUAUUUAAAAAAAUCUGCCCACUGUUCUCCACUAUUCCCCACCAUCUCCACAAGAGAUUUUAACAAUAGGAUGAAGUUAUUCAAAGGAGAGAAAGAUGUUCAGAAAGAAGAAGCACACUUAGAGAAUCCAGUUGAUGACGCUGUCAUUGAAGCUGAGCAAGCUGAGAACAUACAAGCUGCUAAAGGAAACAGUUCAUUGAGAGGUAUAUUUGACAACCCUUAUGUUUCUUUCGUUGCGACGACCGCUACAUUAGGUGGUUUCCUUUUCGGUUAUGAUCAGGGUGUCGUUUCAAACGUAUUAGCAUUGGAAAGUUUCAAGAAUGAUUUUAGAGCUACGCUCGAUCCAGAUACCAAAGGUGUCUUCGUUGCAUCUCUAUUGAUCGCUGCAAUCUUCGGUGCACUCGCUGGUGGUCCGCUCGCAGAUUGUAAAUACAUUGGUAGAAAAUGGCUCAUUUCUGGUUCUUUAGUUUUAUUUGUUAUUGGUGCUGUCUUCCAAACUGCUGCUCAAUCAAUGGACUGGUUGUAUGCUGGUAGAGUUAUUGCUGGAUUGGCUAUUGGUGCUUUAACAGAAUGUGUACCAGUUUAUAUUAGUGAAGUUACACCUGCAAACCUCAGAGGAUCUUUGGUUUGUGUUCAGCAAUUGUCUAUUACAUUCGGUAUUCUCGUCAGUUUCUGGAUUUCUUAUGGUACUUCCUUUAUUGGAGGAAUGUAUUGUAAUCCAGAGCUUGGUGAACAGGGGUUAUACACCGGUGAACCAGAUGCUGGUCAAAAAGAUCCUUCUUUCAAUCCUCCUCAAGAUCUUCCAGCUGAUGGUAUCUGUAGACAAUCAGAUGCCUCAUGGAUUAUUCCAUUUGCUAUUCAGAUUGGUCCGGCUAUUGUUCUUUGGAUUGCUCUCUUCUUUAUGCCAAAGUCACCUCGUUUCCUUUUGUCGGUUGGUAAAGAAGACGAAGCACGCGCUACUCUUGCCAGAUUACGUAGAAGAGAUCCACACGAUCAAGUAGUUAAUGCUGAAGUCAUUGAAGUUAAAGCUGAAGUUAUGUUCAACGAGCGUGUCAAGGAGCAAUACGCACAUAAGGGCAGUAUCUCUAGAGCAUUCGAACCAUACAAGGCUCUAUUGAGACCAGGUAACCGCAAAAGAUUGUUCUGCGGUGCUUAUACUAUGUUUUCACAACAAUUCAUUGGUGUAAACGCUAUCAUUUACUAUGCUCCUACUGUUUUAGGUCAAGCUGGAUUACAAGGAAACUCAACUACAAUGAUUGGUACUGGUGUUUACGGCGUUGUAAACUUUGUAGCAACUAUACCCGUCGUCUUGAUUGUUGACAAGAUCGGUCGUAGACCAUUGCUUAUCAUCGGUGCGGCUGGAUGUUUGAUCAGUCAUAUAAUCGUUGCUAGUUUAUUAGCUGGAUAUGAUGAUAGUCUUCCAAAAGAUGCAGGAUAUGCUGCUGUCGUCUUUAUUUUCAUCUUCUGCGUUAUGAGCGCAAUUUCCUUCUCACCAAUCGGUUGGCUCUUGCCUAGCGAAGCCUUCCCAUUGAGUUUGAGAAGCACCGGUGUAUCUGUCACCACUGCCAUUACCUGGACUUCAAACAUGAUUAUCGGUUUGGCCACACCUUCUAUGUUCGAUGGAAUGACCUCAUACGGUACUUUCUACUUCUUUGCUGGAUGGUCAGGCCUCGCUUUGCUCUUUGCGUUAUUUAUCCUUCCAGAGACGAAGGGUUUGACGCUUGAGCAAAUGGACCAAGCAUUCCCAGGUGCCAACAAUGCCGUUUACGAGAAGGAAAUGAUGGCGCAAGUUUACCAAGAGCUCGGAUAUGAAGCACAUUUAGAGAAAUAGAUUUAUUAUUAACAUGUACUAUAUUGCAAUUAUAACGACUUAGAUUUUAAUAGAAUUAGAUUUUAUAUUAGUGAACCUAGCUUGAAAUGAUAUUAAUACAAUCAAUUAGAUGUAAAAUAUAGAUCUAUAAAGAUGAUAGCGUACGUUAUAUAAGUAUAUAAUAUAUUCCCGACGUUAUCGAAUAUGGACAAAGAGAUCGCAAUAACUGGAUCAUUCACUCAACCGAGUAUAACAGUUUUACAGCUGAGC